UGAUUUGGACAUCCGGGUUUUGAUUUUUCUUUUUUUGGUAAUGGGUUUUGGUUUGAAAUCUUACCCGAGUUCUACAGAGAUCACAUGUUUCGUACUACACUGUGCUACCUGAAAUCUGAAAACCACGGCAAAUGUAGAUAAUCAAGAUGAACCACCCAAGAGUGUGCAACGUGACAACCGAUUUCUCGAUCAGUCGAUCUCUCUCUCUCUCUCCUCCCCAAGUCCCCAACUUGUGGAUAUCUGUAAACGCUAAACAGCUAAGGCCGCAACUUCGCCACAUCGCUCUCUUCUUGCGCUACAAACGAAACUUGGUGAGACAGAGACAGAGAGCAGAAGAAGCAGAAAUGGUGACAGCAGUAGAGAAGAAGACGGAGCAUGUUACCAACGGAGCGCCAGGGUUCAAGCUGGUGGGAUACGCCAACUUCGUACGCCACAACCUCAAGUCCGACCGGUUCCAUGUAAAGCGCUUCCAUCACAUCGAGUUCUGGUGUACAGAUGCUACCAACUCUGCUCGUAGGUUCUCAUGGGGCCUCGGCAUGCCCAUCGUCGCCAAAUCCGACCUCUCCACCGGAAAUCUCGUGCACGCAUCUUACCUCCUCCGCUCCGGUGAUCUCGACUUUCUAUUCACCGCUCCUUACUCCCCCUCAAUUACCGGAAACCUGACCAACACCGCCUCAAUCCCCACCUUCAACCACUCCGCCGCCCGCUCCUUCUCCGCUUCUCACGGACUCGCUGUCCGAGCUAUCUCGAUUGAAGUCGAAGACGCUACGUCUGCGUUCAACAUCAGCGUUGCUCAUGGCGCGAAACCGUCGUCACCCCCCGUUGAAAUCGGUGAUGGUGUCGUCCUCUCCGAGAUCCAUCUCUACGGUGACGCCAUCUUACGCUACAUCAGCCGCAAAAACCCUAACUUAAAUCUAAUCUUCUUGCCCGGAUUCGAGAAAUACGAAGAAGGUUCAUCGUACCCACUGGAUUUCGGAAUCCGACGGUUGGAUCACGCGGUGGGGAACGUUACGAAUUUAGCGGAGGCAGUGUCGUACGUGAAAGAGUUUACUGGGUUUCACGAGUUUGCCGAGUUUACGGCGGAAGACGUCGGGACGAGUGAGAGCGGACUGAACUCAGUUGUUCUAGCGAGCAACGACGAGAUGGUAUUAUUGCCGAUGAACGAGCCGGUGUUUGGAACGAAACGGAAGAGUCAAAUACAGACGUAUUUGGAGCACAACGAGGGACCGGGGGUGCAGCACUUGGCUCUGGUAACUGAAGAUAUAUUCAGGACAUUGAGGGAGAUGAGGCGGCGAAGUGCGGUUGGUGGUUUCGAGUUCAUGCCGUCGCCGCCGCCGACAUAUUACCGGAAUUUGAAGAACAGGGCCGGAGACGUAUUGACGGACGAGCAGAUAAAGGAGUGCGAGGAUCUGGGGAUUUUGGUGGACAGAGAUGAUCAGGGCGUCUUGCUUCAGAUUUUCACCAAACCCGUCGGCGAUAGGCCAACCAUAUUUAUAGAGAUAAUCCAGAGAAUCGGGUGCAUGGUGAAGGAUGAGGAAGGAAAGACAUACCAAAAGGGAGGGUGUGGAGGAUUUGGGAAGGGAAAUUUCUCGGAGCUCUUCAAAUCCAUUGAGGAAUACGAGAAGACCCUUGAGGUGGCCAAGCAGAUUACCAAGCCAGCUGCUGCAUGAGAAAAAUCAUUUCUUUCUUUCUUUCUUUCUUUCUUUCUUUCUUUAUCUUAGUAGAAGAAAACAACUUGAAAUUUGAAGUUUAUAUGUUCUUUAUGCCGUUCUAUCAAAUGGAUAAUUAUAAUCCGUUCUUACUAAGCAAUAUUUAUAACAUAUAUAGGUCCCAA